UAAAACAUAAUUUCCACGCUCAUAUCAUUGGAACAAAACGGGAACUGCGGGUUGGAAGAACGGGGGACAUUCUGGGCAUCACAUGCGUUACCAUUCUGUGGGUUUGCUGUUAAGAUUCUGUAGUACAUCCUGGCCUAUGAUUAGUUGUGGUGGAGACUGAGAAAUCUAUGGAGAACCUCUGGUACCAACAACAAUAAACUUUAUCAAAUGGCUGUGACAGCUCAAGAGAGCGCGAUGGAGGACUCCAGUGCGAUGACAGCUAACGCACAGGAGUUCUGCCUCCGCUGGAAUAACUUUCAUCAAAGCCUUGUCUCGGCUUUGGAUGGAUUUAAAAAUGAUCAAGAUUUUGUUGAUGUCACCCUAGCCUGUGAGGGACAGUUUUUAAAGGCCCACAAAAUGCUGCUCUCCGCAUGCUCGGUUUUCUUUAGAGACUUAUUAAAAGCAAAUCCGUGCCAGCACCCUAUUGUUAUAUUACCGCCUGAGGUACGAUUUGCAGAUUUAGAGAAGCUUCUGAGAUUCAUAUAUCAGGGGGAAGUGAAUGUCCACCAAGAAAAUUUAGCCAGAUUUCUUAAAACUGCUGAAAUGUUGAAGAUAAGGGGCCUUGCAGAAGAUAGUGAAAAGCAAAGAGUGUUGCGUUCAUCUUCGCCAAGGCCACCAGAGGGAGACUCUGAUUCUGUAAGUCCAAAACGACCAAGACUGUCAAUUGACAUCCACCAACCAAACCAGGAACCCCAAACACCAAAUGAUGAUAGCCGUCUGUCCGGGAAUGAGUCAGAUUCAGAAAUGAUUCCUGUUAAGCAAGAAAUGGUUGAACUAAAAGACUGCAGUGACUCGGCCUUUGAUGAUCUAGCUGGAGAUGAUGCAUUUAUUCCAGAGGCAUAUUUAAGGGAAGGAAGUUCAGCUUCUUCCUCGUCACAACAGGCAACCCAGCAGGCACCUCCCCCAAAUGCUCCCCCGCCCCCCGGACCAUUAUUACCGUCGUAUGUUCCACCGCCACAAAUCAAGUCUCAAGAUGGACUCUCUCGUACCCCAGCGCACCCGGUAGGGGGACUGAUCAGACGCUUUUUGGAAGAAUGCUUGCAGCUGUCGGACCCCGGACCGCUGCUUUCCUGCUACACUGGAUUGGAGGCGACGCCGCACUUUCAACUCCUGCGAUCUGUGGCGAAGGAGUGGAGUUACUGCCGUAAUGCCACUCAGAAUUAUACAACCAUGGGAGGUAGUAGUAAGCGCCAGAGGGCCACAUCUCGAUUGAUUGAGACAUUUGAAAGUAUUGAUACCUUACGCACUCAAUUAGCACAUUAUUUACAUCAGAUUAUAAUUUUGGAGUUAUCAAAGCCAGGCACUGUAACUAAAGUUGCUAAAGCAGAACAACAAGUUCAGCAGCAGCAGCAGCAAAUGAAUCAGCAGGCACAACAACAAGGAGACGGGUCUUUAGUAGAAGGGGGUAAUAAUAGUAAUGUUGAUGGAAUGGUAAUGGAUUUAGCAGAAUUAACUGGGAUUUCAGCUGAAAAUCAAGAGUAUUUCACAAAAGCUACAGAUGUUAUGAAGCAAUUGAGAAAAUUAUAUUUUGAUCAGUCUCGUCGAUUGGCUGUACGGAUCAGCCAGCUCAAAAAAGGGCGUCAACAGUCUCAAGAAAGGAUGCAGAGACAACAAGCCAUUCAGCAAAACUACCUCCAGCAAACGAUACAGCAGCUACAGCAGCAGCAUCAACAGCAACAACAGCAGCAGCAGCAACAGCAACAGCAGCAACAACAGCAGCAACAUCACAUCAACAACAGCAUCCAGAAUCAACAAAUGGCAGGUAUGCAGAUGGGCCAGGGCCAGGAUGGAGCAGCGCUUCUACAUGGACAGCUGUCUUUGCAUCAUCUUCAUCAACCUUGGUCUGAUUAAUAAAUAUCAACUGAAUGAAGUAUGUGAUGCUGUUCCCUUUUUUUUCUGUGACAGUGUACCUACAACUGUUGUUGAGACUGCAGUCCAAUUAUGUUGAAUACAUUACUGAUUGGUAUGUAUAUGAUUUAUUUUUCAAAGAGGAAUGCAGUAAUGCAACAUAGUUAAGUGAUGAUGACUGGCAGUUUUUAAGGCCACUUGAUGCUGCAAAAACUGUGUCCUCCCAAGAAGAACGCUUUCCUGUGCAAACUGAUAUAUUCCAUGUCAGUUCAUGGCUAUGAUGAUGUCAAGUAAGGCCUAUUAAGAUUUUAGAAUGUAGCAGAAAUGCAAAGCAUUGUCAUGGUCAUGAUGCGUAUGUGCACAAAAGAUUUUCCAGAAAUCUUUUAAGUUAACACAAUACUGGAAACCAUCUAUGCAUUGUACAGGAAAUCUCGGACCAUUUUAACAAAAAAAAAUAUAAUAAUUUUGUUACUACAGUAAUCUAAUUAUGUAGAAUGUGGUGUACAUAGUAAUAAGUAUUGGUAAGCAUGGUGAGUGGCCUGUGGUGGUAUGAGGAUUUUGUAUUCCAUUUAAAUCUUUGGAGCAAGUGGUUUUAUUAGGCAUAAAUGUUUUCCUACAGCACACAACUCAGGAAGUGACAGGGCAUAUGUUACAUAUUCCAGCUCUCCUCAUUAAACUUUUAAGCUGUAUGGGUGAAUGCUUCACAAACAAGAACGGGUCUGUUGCUAAUUUGACCACGUGUAGGAGCUCAUUGCAAAGAUUUGUGUGGAACACAAACUCCCCUCAGUAACUUUAGGCAUCUCGUGUUCAAGAGGUACAGGUAUUGAGUAUUUCAGGUAAUAUUGGUAAUCAAAUUACUGUAUAUGUGAGUGAUAAGUAUAAAAGGUAGACUCUUUUACAGAAGAUAAAGAAAUAAUAACAAUGUAAUUCAUGAACCUCAAUUGUCUGAGAAAUUUAGUGUGAGUGAGUUUGUUUUAUUCUGUGACUGAUAAUACAGCAUCAUCAUCAUCAUCCUUCUCCCUACUUCAUGGGAGUCUCUCUUCCAAUACAAUAUAUAUCUGUGCAGUUUGGUACAGUUACAGUAACCCAUCUGUGUCAUGACUGUGUGUACAUCCUCAUCUUACAUAUGAAUGAUCACAAACUUUAUACCUCAAGAUUCUACCUGUAAACAAGCCAAGAAUUAAAAUACUGUAUUUUAUUUACAAGCAUUAUACCAGGUGCUCUAAGCCCAGUGUCUGUAGUGGUCUUAUAUUUAGAAAUUGCUAGGCUUAUGUGGAUGACGGUUUUGUUGACAUAUGCCAAAUUUUACAUUAAACUCGCAAGAAGUCUAAUUUUAGUGGUACUGUAUUGGAUUUUGUCUCAUCAUGAAAGUGUGCCAUGGGCAGAAACCACUGCUCGAGCUAGGCACAGUGGACUCGUUAUAUUGACCAUUUAAGAAAGAAGUAAGACACUUGGCAUACAGUGUCCAUUUUUUCUGGUGUGUGUACAUACUGUAUGCAUUUGUGAGGUUGGUAAGAGAUUCUUUUAUCAAGUAAUUUAUCAGGUAUACCCAAGUUCAGGUCUCGUAGAAAUAAUGUACUAUAAAUUUUGAAUGUAACUCACAUCAGGGGAAAACAAGCUUAGUUUAGAGGCAUUGGUUAGCAUAGUGAAGAGUUUUUAGUAUUUAUAGGUUAUUAUUAUUACUAUUAUUAUUUUUAUAUUAUUAUUAUUAUUAUUAUUUUGCCAUUUUUUCAUUUUCAUUUGAUUACCUGGUGUGGGUCAACCUUCAAAAUCUGUUUUAUACUUAGAGAAGUUAUUUUUAUUUAUUGCUUUUUAUCUAUUUUUGUUGUGUUUGGGUACAGUAUAUAUUGUAAUGUUUAGCCUUUAGUUGUAAACACUUGUUUUCUUAGAUAGAAUAUAUUUCAGACAAAUGUUAUUUUCCUAAUAUUUUUAUUAUAAAACUUGAAAACAUUACACUUUUAGUAGAAUUGCCAGGCCAAGUUCAUAGCAGAUAUUGCCUUAGCAGUUGAAAAGCCCUUGGGGGUUUAUAGCCCAAUCAUUACACAGUGGAAGAAAUUAUCAUGCUAUGCAAGACUUGGACACCAAAUGAUAUUGAUUUUCAAGAAAAGAAACACAAGAAACUGUGGCGUGCACACAAUUAUUGCAUCCGUGUAAAUUUUUUCAAAAAUCAAUGUGAAGGUAAAGACAUGAAGAUGAAGUUUUAUGUAAUUGGUUUUGUGUUACAGGGUAAUGCACUUUGUGUCUGUUAUUGUAGUGAAUUAGUAGUAGGUAAUUACCUCAUAGUUAAGUUUAUUUAUGAUUGGUAUCUUGGAAAUGAUUUUGGAUUACUUUUUUAUUAUUACUUAGUUAAAGAAUGUUGGUUAUUUCAUUUUUUAUAAACAACAUUCAGUGUAGGAAAUUUUUUAAUGGGUGUGGAGGAAGUUUUUUUUUUUUUCCCUCUCUCUUUCUCUCUUUCUCCUUUAUCAACUGAAAGUCAUUUCUCAGUAUUUUUUAUAGUAUGGUUCCUCCUCUGGAGGGGGGAGCGGGUUUCUAGCCUGUUGUAGAUCAAGCAGCAUGUGGCCAAGAUGGCAGCUUUUGCCAGCAAAAUUCAGGGAUGAUAACCACUGUGCCACAUUCAAACCCCAGAAUGGAGAGGAAUAUCAGGAGUAUUUGUAAAGCAAUCACUUCACUUUAUUUUUACAUUUUAAUGGAAGUAUUAGUGUACAAUAUGAGUUGAUUCAAAUUGCUCAGAAAGAAUAGUGCAUGAGUAAAUGAAGCCACAAUCUCUCUCUCUCUCUCUCUCUCUCUCUCUCUCUCUCUCUCUCUCUCUCUCUCCUCUC